AUGGCUUCCAGAUUAGAAGAGGAUUUCUGCUGUUCCGUCUGCCAAGAUGUCUUCAGAGAUCCUGUUCUUCUGUCAUGUAGCCACAGCUUCUGUAAAGACUGUUUGAAGAGCUGGUGGAAAGACAAGGAAGUAAAAGAGUGUCCACUUUGUAAGAGAAGAUCUUCAAGGUCAGAACCACCUGGUAACCUGGUGUUGAAGAACCUGUGUGAGACCUUCUUACAGGAGAGAGAUCAGAGCUCUUCACAUGCUCUCUGCAGUCUGCACUCAGAGAAACUCAAACUCUUCUGUCUGGACCAUCAGCAGCCAGUGUGUCUCGUCUGCAGAGAUUCAGAACAACACACUGACCACAGAUUCAGACCCAUCGAUGAAGCUGCACAACAACAGAAGAAGCAGCUUCAGAAAACUCUGGAGCCCUUGAAGGACAAGUUACAGUUUUGUGAACGUGUUAAAGUAGAGUUUGAACAAACAGCAAAACACAUUAAGGUCCAGGCCGGACGCACAGAGACGCAGAUCAAGGAGCAGUUUAAAAAGCUUCAUCAGUUUCUGGAGGAGGAAGAGGAGGCCAGGAUGGCUGCACUGAGGGAGGAAGAGGAGCAGAAGAGUCGGAUGAUGAAGGAGAAGAUUGAGGUUCUGAGCAGAGACAUAACAGCUCUUUCAGACACAAUCAGAACCACAGAGGACGAGCUGAGAGCUGAUGACUUCUCGUUCCUGCUCAACUACAAGGCUGCAGUGGAACGACUCCAGCAGCGCCCCCUGCUGCGUGAUCCACAGCUGGCCUCAGGAGCUCUGAUAGAUGAGGCCAAACAUCUGGGCAACCUGAGCUUCAACAUCUGGAACAAGCUGAAGGACCUGGUCUCCUACAGUCCUGUGGUUCUGGACCCAAACUCUGCUUAUCCAGAACUCAUCCUGUCUGAAGAUCUGACCAGUUUGAGAGGAGGAGAGAAACAGAAGCUUCCUGACAAUCCAGAGAGGUACAAUCAAUACUUCUCAGUCCUGGGAUCUGAGGGUUUUAACUCAGGGACUCACAGCUGGGACGUCCUGGUUGGAGACAGUACAGACUGGAGACUGGGUGUAACAGCAGAGUCUGUCCUGAGUGGGACAAUCAUAGGGUCUGGAGGUUGGGGGAUAUUCUUCAAUAGUGACAAAUCAUUGUCACUAUCAGCAUCAUCUGUUCCCUCUCUGCAGAAGAUCCAGAAGAUCAGAGUGACACUGGACUGGAACAGAGGAGAACUGUCGUUCUCUGAUCUUGAUACUAACAAACACAUUCACACCCUCAGACGCACUUUCACUAAGAAGAUGUUUCCAUACUUUCGCGAUAUAGAUCCCUUGAAGCUGUUACCUGUGAAAGUCUCUGUGACGCUGGAUCAGAGCAGUUAGAGAUAAAGAUUUUAUUCAUCAUGUUUAUUUCUUCAAGAGAAAUCUGCUGAAAUUAAAAGUUAAAC